AUGCCGCGCGCGGGCGUCGUCCUGUGCGCGCUCGCGCUGCUGGCGGCGUCGCUGGGCGCCUCCGCGAAGGUCGCGACGUACGAAGAGUGCUCGAACGCGUACGACGCGCACGAUCCCCCGUGUAAGAACAACGCGUCGCUGUGGACGUCGCGGAGCCCGCACCCGGCCAACUGCGCGCACUGCGUCGCCGCGGACGACGACGCCUCCCCGCGCGACGACGACGACGACGACGACGACGACGUCGGCGCGUGCCCCCGCGGAUGGAGCGGCGUCGACUGCGGCGCGUGCACGUCCGUCGCCUCGUGCCCACGGAACAGUCGCGGCGUCGCCGCGAAAGGGUGCACGAGCGCGUGCGUCGUCCCCACGCGAGAGGAGCUCCUCCUCCCGAACGGCGGGGGCGGGGGCGGGGACGACGCGUGGGAGCGAGGAAAGAUGUUUUCGUGCGCGUGCGGUGGCGACGCCGCGACGGAUCCGUAUUGCCGCCUCCAGAAGGACACGUCGUUCCUCGUGCACGUCCGCGCGGCGUCGAACGACGGCGGCGAUGCGAAUUCGGGAACGAAAACGACAACGGAAGACGUGAAGGCGUUACCGUUGACCAUACACAUGCGCGAGUACGGCGGCGUCCCGAACUUGAAUUACAGCGGCGACCCGCGGAAGUACGACUACGCCUCCGCGGCGGUGUGGGACGCGAACUUCACGCGAUGCACUUGGAAGGUGACGCAGUGCCUGGAUCCGGUGCCGUCCAUGGAGACGUGCGUGGUGUACGACUGCCCCGCCGGCGCGACGAGAUGCCCGCCGCCGGACGUGGCGCCGUGUCCGGGGAGGAAUAUUCUCGGGUGCGGCGACGUCCCCGACGCCGACUACGCGACGCGGUACUGGCAGCACCCGUGUAAUCCGCUCGUGACGCCGCAGGAUAAGGGCAUCACGUUCUGGUGCCGGCUCAACGGCACGUCGGCGGCGAAUACGACGGUGGACGGCGCGCCGUCGCACUCGUGCUACUGGACGCAGCCGGGGGUGAUCCCCGCGUUCGCGGUGACGUGUCGCGUCGGCAACUGCGUGUACGACGACGACGACGACGGCGGCGGCGACGGCGAUCUGUGCCCGAUCGGCGACGUGACGCCGCCGGAGUAUUGGACCGGGGAUCUCCUGACGAGGAUUGGAAUGACGUGCGUCGCCGCGUCGCUCGUGCUCGCGGCGGCGGCGUACGUGCGCGCGGAGUCGAGGUCGACGUAUUCGCGCGUCCCCGCGGAGGAGGCGAUGCGAGAGGCGACCGCGCCGAGAGCGCCGGGGACGCGGCGACCGACGCACGUGCGCACGCCGUCGAGGGUGUCGGAGAGCCGUCGCGAUGGUCGUCGCGCGCGGACGUCGGAGAUGGCGGCGGCGGCGGGCGAAGUCGCGGUCGCGGCCGACGACGCCGACGACGCGGAGUGGACGAUCGCCCCGAGGGUCGUGAGCUGGGAGAACGUGCGCGUCGGCGUUCGGCGCGGCGGCGGCGGCGGCGGCGGCGGCGGCGGCGGCGCGACGAAGAAGAUCCUUCGCAACGUCUCCGGGUUCGCCGGGCGCGCGGACGAGGAGUACGUCGACGCGAUGGCGACGGACGCGCGCGGAGGCUCCCACCCGUCAUCGCCGUCGCGCUCGCCGCGGCGUCGCGUCCGGGACGACGACGGCGGCGGCGGCGGCGGCGGCGGCGGCGGCGUCUUCGCGAUCCUCGGCCCCUCCGGCGCGGGAAAAUCCACGCUUCUCGACUUUCUCGCCGGCCGCGGCUCGCGCCACCAUCACACCAUCUCGCGGGGCGUCGUGCGCGUCGACGGCCGCGUCGUCGCUCCCGAGGAGAUGCGACGCGUCUCCGGGUACGUCCAGCAGACGGACGUCCUCCCCGGGACGAGCACGGUGUGGGAGCACCUGCUCUUCAACGCGAUGCUGCGGCUGCCGGGGGACGUCGGGAAGGACGAGACGUAUCGCGUCGUCGUCGGGUGGAUGCGCGAGCUCGGGCUGACGAAGCUCGCGCACGCGCACAUCGGGGACGCGUUCACCCGAGGGCUCAGCGGCGGGGAGAAGCGAAGGGUCAGCGUCGCGACGGAGCUCCUGACGAGCCCCGGGGUGAUGUUCCUGGACGAGCCGACGACGGGCCUGGACGCGACCAACGCGGCGAAAGUCGUGGACAUCCUCGCCGGCCUCGGCGCGCUCGGCGUGACGAUCCUGCUCUCGAUCCACCAGCCGCGACCGGACAUAUUCCGCCUCCUCGACCGCGUGUGCGUCCUCUCGAGCCACGGCGGCGUCGUGUACUGCGGACCGUCGGACGCGGCGGAGUCGCACUUCGCCUCUCUGCCGUACGUGAUCUCGCCGCGGGAGACGUCCGUGCACAUCGCGGACUACGUGCUCGACGUCGUGUUGCGGAGCACGGACGAGGACGUUCGCAGGAUGAUCGACGACUUUCGGAUCUCGCGGAUACGCGCGCGGAACGACGCGUACGUUCGAAGACUCGCGAGGAGGGUCGAGGAGGAGGAGGAGGAGGAGGAGGGCGGCGGCGCGACGGCGAUGCGAACGCCAAAGUCGCGGCGGCGACGCGUCGCCGCCUCGCGCGACGCCGAGAGAGCGCUCUCGCGGAAGCACGUCGCGCCGUUCGCGAAGCAGACGCGCUUGCUGUGUGGCCGGCUGCUGCGCAACCUCGGGCGGCACCCGUUUCUGCUCGCGAUUCACCUCUUGGGCGCGUUCGCCGUCGCCGUCGGCGUCGGGUCAAUCUUUUACGACGUCGGCUCCGACCAGGGCGGGAUUCAAAACCGCAUGGGAUCGCUCUUCUUCAUCCUCCUGUACCUCACGCUCAUGUCGCUGUCGUCGCUCCCGGUGUGGCGCGAGGACCGGCUGCUCUUCUUGCGAGAGCGAAGCAACGGCGCGUACGGCGUGAACGCGUACUUUACGUCCACGCUGCUGUUCGACGUGUUGCCCAUGCGCGUGUUGCCGCCGUUUUUUUUCGGCCUCAUCACGUAUCAGAUGAUCGGCCUCAACGAGGGCGACGAGGACUGCCUCGCGUGGUUCGUGCUGACGCUGAUCGUGACGAACGUCGCGGCGACGUGCAUGUGCAUGGCGAUCGGCGCGGCGUCGCGGUCCGUCGCCUCCGCGAACGCGAUCGCGUCGCUCUGCUUCCUCGUCGCGGCGCUCUUCGGCGGUUUUUUGUUGAACAAAGACCAAAUACCGCGGUACGCGCGAUGGAUCGCCGCGGUGUCGUUCGUGAACUACGGAUACGAAGCCCUCGUGGUCAACGAGUUCGCGGAUAACCCGCGGACGUUCACGCUGACGUCCGGAUGGAACAGCACGACGCUGCCGAACGAGGUGCCCGUGCCGGGGGAGAAAGUCUUAUCGACGUUUGGGUUUCACGUCGCGGAGGUGUCCCCGGACGUCGCCGUCGUGUGCGCGCAGGCGGCGUUCUUCGCGUGCGCGUCGUACGUUAUGCUGCGAAACGCGGAGAGAGAGACGGCACCUACGUGGAGCGGCGCGUGGCGCGCGUGCGCGCGGUUCGUCGGAGAAUGUUGGAGAAGGCGGUAUUUGGUCGAAAAGAGAAGCGCGGCGCGCGCGACGACGACGACGGACGAGGAAGAGAGCAUGCUGCCGUCGUCGGAGUUCACCGUCGCGUACGACAGCGACGAGUACUCGAGCGACGACGACGACGGCGAAGAGGAGGAGGAUGAGAUCGAGACGCUCUUAGACGAGGCGCCGAUGGAGCCUGACGCGACGCCGUCCGCCGACGAAACCGACGAGCCCGCCGGGGACGCCCCCGGCGACUUGCACCGGCGCGCGAACUCUCUUCUGCACGACAUCGACGAAGAGCACGCGGUGUCGCCGCACGACGGCGCGCGUAAUGCGGCGGUCGCGCCCAUGGCGCUUCGUCUGCUGCGAGACGGAGGCGGAUCCCCCGGAGGUGGUGGUGGUGGUGGUGGUGGUGGUCGCGAGGACGACGAUGAUUCGCGGCCGCGGCGGCGACGCGUGUUGACCUGGGAAGACAUCACCGUGAACCUCGCGCCGUCGAAGGGCGGGCGAAGGAUACUCCAGAGCGUGUCCGGGAUCGCGGGCGCGACGACGGGCGGGUGGAACAGCCUGAUCGCGUCGCCAUCGCGCGGCGGCGGCGGGAUGGGGGAAAGACGCGCGGACCUCUUCGCGAUCCUCGGUCCCUCGGGCGCGGGCAAGACGACGCUUCUCGACGUCCUCGCCGGGCGCCCGAGCCCCGGCCACGUCAUCACCGGCGACGUCGCGCUGGACGGCGAGCGAAUGAGCAACUCGGAACUUAGACACGUCAGCGGGUACGUGCCCCAGGACGACGUCCUCCCCGGGACGAGCACGGUGUGGGAGCACCUGAUGUUUCACGCGGCGUUGAGGCUGCCGGGCUCGGUGGAUCGCAAGCGUCUGCGGAGCGUCGUGUGGCAGACGAUGCGCGACCUCGGGAUCACGAAGCUCGCGCACGCGCACAUCGGGGACGCGUUCACCCGAGGGCUCAGCGGCGGGGAGAAGCGAAGGGUCAGCGUCGCGACGGAGCUCCUGACGAGCCCCGGGGUGAUGUUCCUGGACGAGCCGACGACGGGCCUGGACGCGACCAACGCGGCGAAAGUCGUGGACAUCCUCGCCGGCCUCGGCGCGCUCGGCGUGACGAUCCUGCUCUCGAUCCACCAGCCGCGACCGGACAUAUUCCGCCUCCUCGACCGCGUGUUAGUCAUGUCGAGCGACGGGAGGGUCGUGUACAGCGGACCCUCUCUCGACGCGGAGGCGCAUUUCGAAUCCAUGCGAAACGUUCCGCGAAAGCCGGAAGCGGUCAACAUCGCGGACUUCAUGCUCGACGUCGUCUUAUCCGCGGACGACGACGAUAUCGACGCGAUGAUCGACGACUUCGAGAAGAGCGACGUGCGCGCGAACGGGCGCAACAUGACGCACACGUUACGCGUGCGAUGCGAAGACGGUGACGGCGGCGGCGACGACGACGACGGCGGCGACGACGCGGCGGCGACGCCGCUGACGAAGUACGUCGCGUCGUACCCGCGGCAAGUGCGCGCGCUUCUGCGACGCAUGGUGAGGAACGUCCGCCGGCACCCGUUCUUGAUCCUCCUGCACUUCGUCGCGACCGGGGUCGCGUCGUUAGGCCUCGGCGGCGUGUUCUUCGCCGCGGGAAAAGACACGGGCGGGAUACAAAACCGCAUGGGAUGCCUCUUCUUCAUCCUCCUGUACCUCGCGCUCAUGUCGCUGUCGUCUCUCCCGGUGUGGCGCGAGGAUCGGCUGCUCUUCUUGAGAGAGCGCGCGAGCGGCGCGUACGGCGUGAACGCGUACUUCACGUCCGUGGUGUUGUUCGACGUCCUCGUGUUGAGAGUUUUCCCGCCGAUGUUUUUCACGGUCGUCACGUAUCCGCUCGUGGGUUUACACGGCGGGUCGUUUCUCGUGUACCUCGCGCGCGCGUCGUGGUUUACGCUCGUGAACGUGCUCGCGAACGUCGCGAGCAGCGCGCUGUGCAUGGCGAUCGGGAUCGUGACGCCGUCGAACGCGGUCGCGAACGUGUGCGGGUUGAUGGCGAUUUUGUCGUCCGUCCUGAGCGGCGGGUUCCUCUUGAACAAGCAAAACGUCUCGGGAUCGAGCGUUUCGUCGUCGUCGUCGGCGGCGGCGGCGGCGAGUCACCGCUCCCCCGCGAACGUGUUCGUGAAAGUCCUCACGAAGACAUCGUUCGUGAACUACGCGUACGACGCGCUGCUCGUCAACGAGUUCCUCGACGCGGGGACCUUUCGCUUCACCCCCAAGUUCACGGACGCCGCGGGGCAGAACGAAAACGCCGGCGUCGGCGUGGACGUCUCCGGGAGAGAGGUGCUCCAGUUUUUCUCGUUCGGGGACACGCGAGCGGCGAUGCGAUACGACGUGUGCGUGCUGUGCGCGAUCGCCGGCGCGUACCUCGCCGCCGCGUUCGUGCUGCUCAAGGUUAGCGUUCGACGGUCCGGCGCCGGGCGAGGGUAGACGACGAUCGUCGUCCAUCCGAUCGCGGCUCGGUCGCUCGUCAGUCGGCGGCGCGGAAGUACACGCGUUCUUCCGACGCGACGUAGUCACAGUAUUUGAAAUCCUUAGAAUGCCUGUUAUGAAAUCAA